CAACUAUCUCUCGAGUCUUGACUGCUUCCGACUAAUUUUAGAGAACAUUCCAUAGUGGUUGUUUGAAAGACUUUUCAUUGAAUUUCAACUGGGUUGGCGACCCUAUGUAUUCAAGCAUGAUCAGCUUAGUCAAACUUUCUUUAAUUUCUACAAGCAAAAAUGAUGUAUGUAGAACUGACUUUACCGUUCUACAUAAUCCAGAACCCCACUAACUAAGAACGAAACGAAAAUUCCAUCCGCUCCUCUUCGUUUUCACGGUGAAAGAGAUCCAACACAAGAUGUACAAAACAUCACUCCUAAUUGCUUCAAUCACAUUUUUACUACUUAUGUCAAGCUCAAAUGGGGAUGCGAGAACACAAGUCAUCAAGUUGUUUUGUGACGAACAAAUCCAUGAGGAUGACACGUACUUCGUCCCAAAAUUAUGUCCAAGCAAUGGAAAUAGUCAGCACCCAAAUGCGAACAUCACACAACGCAACCGUAGAAGUGGGCACGGGACCCAACACAAAUUACGUACUCUUCCAAUGCUACGACGAUCUUUCUUCACAAGAUUGUGUGUUAUGUUAUGCGGAAACUCGUACUGUAUUUCCAAGUUGCUAUCCACGUAAUGGGGCUCGAAUAUAUCUCGACGGUUGUUUUAUGCGCCUUCUAAAUUAUAGCUUUUAUGAAGAGUAUACGGGAUCUUAUGACACAAUUGUUUGUGGGAAUAUAACGGGGGAGAGUGUAGAGUUUCAAAAUUCGACGAAACAGGCAGUGUUGAAUGUGGUAGCAGAUGCAUUGAGUAAUGAUGAGUAUUUUGGUAGAGGAGAGGUGGCGGCGGCGCGCGGUAAUAUGUCGGUUUAUGUGAUGGCGAAAUGUUGGACGACUUUGAGUCUAGGGGAUUGUAGGAAGUGUUUAGAGAAUGCGUCUGAUGUGAUAUCGAAAUGUUUGCCAUGGUCGGAGGGUAGGGCGUUGAAUACGGGGUGUUUUAUGAGGUAUUCCAAUAAGGAUUUUCUAAAUCCUCUACCGUUGACAAGUGGCUCGAAAAGUAAAGGGAAGACGGUAGCGAUUAUUAUUUCCAUUAUUAGUUCUGUGGUGGUUUUGGUUGUUACUUUGACAAUUGCUUUAUACAUCAGAAGACGCAGAUAUAUACAACAUAGGAGAAGAGGCUCUUAUGAUGCCGAGAAAUUGGCAAAGAUUCUUACUGAUAGUAGCUUAAACUUCAAAUACUCCACUAUUGAGAAAGCCACAACAAAUUGGGAUGAGUCCAAGAAGCUUGGACAAGGAGGAUUUGGAACCGUCUACAAGGGAGUACUUUCAGAUGGACGAGAAAUAGCUGUGAAGAGGCUCUAUGUCAACAACAAACUCAGGGCAGCUGAUUUCUACAACGAAGUAAACAUAAUUAGUAGUGUUGAACAUAAAAACCUUGUCAGGCUUUUAGGAUGCAGUUGUUCAGGACCCGAAAGCAUUCUUAUAUACGAAUAUGUUCCCAACAUGAGCCUCGACCUCUUUAUUUUUGAUGCAAUAAAAGGAAAGAAACUAAACUGGGAGAAGAGAUCUUUUCAAGAUGAUAAAAGUCACAUCAGUACGGCCAUAGCAGGAACACUUGGAUAUAUGGCUCCGGAGUAUCUAGCCUAUGGUCAGUUAACAGAAAAGGUAGACGUCUAUAGCUUUGGUAUUUUACUUCUGGAAAUAAUCACAGGAAUGGAAAACAACAAAAGCAAUGCACUAGAAUAUACAGACAAUCUAGUCUCUACCGCAUGGGAGCUCUUCCAGAAAGGUACAGUGGAGCAAAUCUUUGACCCGAACCUCUCGAUGGAUGUUCACCCAAACACCAUUUUCAAGAAAGUCGCUAUAAAAGUGGUACAUGUAGGACUUCUUUGCACCCAAGAAGCUCCAUCUUUAAGGCCAACAAUGUCAACUAUACUUAAAAUGUUGGCAAAAGAUGAUGAACAUUUACCCCUCCCUUCUAAUCCUCCUUUCGCAGACGAAAAAACCAUGGAACUCAACAACAUUACACAAAAGUUGCUUCAUGAUCAUGAGGGAGAAAGCUCUUAUUCGGUUGCUACAGUUUCUCAUAGUGAGUUCUAUCCGAGGUAAGGAUGAUCUAUUUUUGAUAAUGAGGUCAUUUAUGUCAUUUGUGUAGACAAAAUAUCAAGAACGAGUCAUGUACUCACGCCCCACCUUCAGUUUAAAGCAAGACAAACACAGUACAACAUGUUCUGUCAUAUGUCAAGAUGUCAGUGUGGGUCAGUAUGAAAUCACUACUACGG